AUGAUGGUUUGCUUUGGCGGCGUGGCGCGAAACGUGGAAAACUUUGACGCUGGCCUCCUCUCAGCACCAUGCGCACCUCACCUCGCUCCGGUCAGUUGACGCCCCACGAUAAUGCCGCCGCGCCUGCCAUAACCCAUGUUUGACUGCCGCCACUGCCUUCGAGCCCGUUCAUGUCGUUGUUGAUGCCCAAAUGAAUUGGGCCUUUUUUGUGCCCUCAAAGAUACCACUGGUGUUCAUUGCACCCUCAAGCGAUCUGCGCGGAAAUAUCGACCUGGCUCCUCCCCAAAAAAUAUCAACCAAGCUUACGCCCCUACCAGAUUAUUCGGGUUAGAUUCCGUCGCGGGGGUUGAGGCAAGGGCUGGAAACCUGCGGUGUUUCCACCCGAAUUACCCCCAGAGGGAACAUACGAAUCGGGGGCUUGCAGGCACUAGCUUCUGUUUAUGCCAUUAUGCUUCCUCUGGUCCAAGUGCCACCGUCCUCAGUAAGCAGCCCCGGUUUCCCCCCGGGGCUCCGUGAUAUUUUUUUACCAGCGGUACCCAAAGCUUUGAGACUCCCAAAGGUCACGCGAUCAACAUGCUACGUAGAGGUCUCUCUACUGCCUUGCUCUUUUCCAUGUAGUACAGACUUGCACCACAAUAUUCUACUGACAACGGCUCUAAGUUACGAUCGACACUUCUUCGGCGUGGUGCUGACCAAUGCUCUAGGAAAGAGGGGGCAUGCACAACAACAGGUCGAGGUACUCCAUUGUUUUGGAUGGUGUUGCGGAAACCUUUGUUGGCGUUCCAGGUCGACCAAUCCAAGCAACCUCAGGUCACGCUGGCGCAUUCCUGUGAUACUGAAA